UGUUAUUGGUUCCAAGACGCUAGUGUCUCAUUUCCGUUUCCUCUCAUAAUCGCGGGUUAUUUCAUAAUGGCGGAAAUGAUUGUCAAAACAACUUUGCUGCAUACGGGAAACUGAUUAAGGUCUCCUGUCUGACAGCACCUUGUCUGAAUCUUACAUCCUCCCCGACCUCCUCUGCGUGCGUUUGUACAUUGUCGGUCCAUUAAAUACGAUACCGAAACCCAAUCUUUCCCUAAAAUUGGCCAGACAUGCAGCUGUCCGCUUCUGUCCCGUCGUACAUUGGGACUGGCUCUGCCGACCAAUCGGACACUGUGUCUCUUAACCGCCGACCAAUCAGAAGCUGUGUUUCUGACCGGGGUGGGCUCGUCGGCAGCGAUCUCGCCCGCACAGAGACACGCCGGGAAUGCCACAACUACUAAACACAGAUGUUUUGAGUAAUUUAUCCUUCACGCAGAUGGCUGUUUCUGCCCCAUUCCUCUAAAAUGGCAUCAGGGCGAAGGUUCAAUGAAAUAACAAGGGAAGACGAAACAACAGAAAAAGAAGGAACAGCCAUUGAAGUACUUCUUGAAAGCGACGAUGAUGACGGGGAAUCUGGGGCAGAAAGUUUCCUGACGGAUGACGAGCUGGCUUACCAAGAGGGCCUCGACCCGGCUGAAGAUGGUGAUUCUGAAAAGGAUGAAGAGCCUGGUACAUCUACUGCAGAACAAAUGGGGGAGCCCACUGCUUCUCCCGAAAAGGCCAGUUCUUCAGGAGAGCACAAGGAGUCAAGAUCACGAUCUCGCUCAAGGAUAAGAUCCAGAUCACCACUGGGGGAACGCAGUGUAUCAACAAGCCGGGGCAGAAAAAGAUCCAGAUGUCCAAUUCAGAAACGGCCAGAGCGACGUGGACCUGUCACAUCCUGGAAAACAGAGAGCGAUCCAGACUCAUGUCCAAGCCCAAUAAAGUUCAUCCCAGCAAGACCCCCUGGACAUCAACUGAACUCAAAUGGCACAUACACACCACUUGACCUUUUCAAACUAUUUUUCAGCAACGAUGCAGCUAAAACCCUUUGUCAAAACACAAAUAGACAAGCUGCUAAAAACAAUAACGGCAAAAAAUAUACAUGGGCUGACAUCAAUGUCCAGGAGUUUUUCAAGUAUGUGGGACUAACUUUCUUCUUCGCAUUGGUGAAACUGAAUACCAUCCACGAUUACUGGAAGAGGAACACCAUUUUCAGUGUGCCAUUUCCAGCUAACAUCAUGCCACGGGACCGGUACAGGGUGAUUUCUUGGAACAUCCACAUGAGUGAUCCUGAGAAAGAUGCUGAGAAUGACAAAAAGAAGGGGGCGCCAGAUUAUGACCACUUGUUUCGACUCAGGCCACUCAUGGACACCAUCAAAAAUGCCUGCAAAGCUUUUUACCACCCCAGGCAGAACCUGUCGGUUGAUGAGAAGGUGGCAGCGACAAGGACCCAGGUUGGAUUGAAACAAUACAUGAAAGAGAAGCAAACCAAGUGCUGUUUCAAACUCUUCGUGCUGGCUGACAGCAGCAAUGGCUACACCUUUGACUUUUCUGUGCACACUGGGAAGACACUGUUUUCUACAGAUGCCGGACUUGCAUAUGACGCUGUCAUGUCCCUGGUAAAGCCAGCACACCUGGGCAGUGGCUUUAAUCUGUAUGUAGAUAACUUCUACACCAGUCCAAAACUAUUCAAGGAUCUGUUAAGCCUUAAUAUUGGAGCAUGUGGUUCCUACAGAGACAAUAGAAAAGAUUGCCCCCGAUCAAUUUCAAAUUAUCCCAGAGGCUCCAUCAGGUGGAUUCGUGAUGGCCCGUUGCUAUUUGUUAAGUGGAUGGACACACGAGAGGUCACCAUCUGCUCUACCAUCCAUUCAGCAUACUCUGGAUGUACAGUGAACAGGAGGGUAAAGACUCCCGAAGGCCAGUGGACCGUGAAAUCCAUUCCAUGCCCGACACCUGUUGUCGACUAUAACAAGCACAUGGGAGGUUUUGAUUUGUCAGACCAACUGAGCCUCCACCACUACUCUGUUUACCACAAGAGCAUGCGCUGGUACGGGACAUUGUUCUACCACUUCUUGGACAUUGCAGCCACAAACAGCUACCUCCUUCACAGGGAACUGUGCAGAGAGAAGCAGGAGGAACCCAUGACCCACAGGGCCUUCCUGGAGGAGCUGACAGCCCAGCUGUGUGGAGUCUCAGUUUCGAUCCCCCCUGCCAAGGCCCAGAGCAGCCACCUACCUGUGGCAAUCUGUACUCAACAAGAUAUUAGCAGGAGGGCCUCUUAUGGACGAAAGACUUGUAUACACUGUAGGCAGACCAGGAAGGUCGGUCAGUCUACACCGUGGAAGUGUAAACAAUGUGAUGUGGCCCUCUGUCUCAUUGCAGACAGGAACUGCUUCGAGGCAUGGCACAGUUAGACUUCUGGUUAAAAAAGAGCUGUUUGAAAGUUGAACCAAUUCUAAUUUAUACAUGUAAAUAUCUUUUUUUUUUUGAUGUUCUCAAUGUUUAUUUUUUCACUGCUUGGCAAGACACAUGAGAACAUUUUUCAGAUGUCAAAAAUAUUUAUUAUUCUGUUUGGUUCAAGUAAAGUUAACCUAAAUUAAUUUA